AUGAACAUUAUUUCAUAUUAUUUUUUAUUUCCAGUAAACUUGUAUGAUAGGUCGACGCGAGUCGAUGAUGUGUUUCUCAAUUUAACAAGGCACCACUGCAGAUGUGGUUGUGUCGUCUUUGGGUCUCUCGAAAUACGGGAUUUGGACGGUGAAACCGUCGAUCUGACUCCAUUGAAAAAUAUAUACGUGAUUUUCGGUAAUCUAACUAUUACGGGGAACACUCGAUUAUAUGAUCUCAGCUUUUUGGAGAAUCUGAACAGUAUUGGAAAUUACAGUGCUAAAAUAACUGAUACAGCAUUUGAGCUGAAUGGGAACGUAGAUUUGUUUGAUGCUUACAUGGAGAACUUAGUGAGAAUCCAUGGAGAUAUACGAGUGUAUACUUGUUGGAAAUUACCCGAACGCACUGAGAAAUUGUUCAAAGAUUUAACACGAAACAAGGCAGUUAUUGAACCCGAGACUAAAGGCUGCACACGCGAACUCCACGAGAAAGCAACUGAAAACGAUAACUGGCUGUCUGAGCAUUGUUAAUGUCACGAGUUCGACGACAGGAAAGAACGGCACAUCACCUUUUGAAGAACUCGACUUGACUAACUUGGCGAAAAUCGAUUAUGAUGAUGCACUUUGUGGAGAUAUUUUUGCUUUACGGAUUAUGAGGAACAAGUUUCUGCGACGUAUCGACUUUAACGAAAACUUGACCUUGAACGGGGAGAAAAUGGGAUUUAACGAGAAUGAACACUCAUUUCUGCAGGGCUACUUCAUCCGUAUGAACUCUGCGGGAGGGAAAAUCUAUUUUGGUGGGAAUCCGAACACCACUUUCCUAUGGAGCGAUCCAAAAGAUUGCGCGCAAGAGGAUCCUGUGGAACUGUUGAGAAAUUGUACGAACCUAAUCGGACCCGUUUUUCUGGGGAAUAUAUCACCAGAACUAAACAGGCGAUUUACUUUCGAGCUCAUCAAGAGAAUUUACGGGCAGCUCAUUAUAAGGUCGACCAAUGUCGAUCUUGAUGAUUAUGGAUACCUCACAAUUAUUGCUGACCACAAAGACGCGGUGAUAAUUGAGAAUAACAAGGACCUCAGAGGUAUCACUGCCCUGACAAAAAUGAACAUUACGUUGUCGGAUAAGUUUCCGAAGGAGGCCUCGGAGAAUUGGAAACCAGUUGUAGUGAGAAACAAUGGAAAAAUAUGUCUCAAGUCACGUCGCGACGAAGAAAAUGUUCGAAAAAGAGUUUCCACACUACUUCAGUUCUCCGAUUUUUGCAGAGACAGGUGCGCUGGAGGAAUCGUGACCGAUCUCACGAGUCUGCAGUCUUGUCGGAUAGUGAUGGGAGGUCUCACUAUCAAAGAUUAUGACUGUGAGUGA